AUGAGCGUCUGUCAACUGCUUGUCACAAUUAUACUAUUAUUACCGACCACAGUUGUGUCUUUUCGGGACCAAAUUGUCGGUGUGCGCGGAAAGUUAUCAUGCAAUAACCGGUUCCUGCAAAGCGCCACAGUUCGCCUAAUUGAGAAAAAUUACGUUGGUGAGUGACUCAUCAUCUUUCUUUGUGUUAUUUUCGCAAUACUUUGUGUUCAGGCCCGGAUGUGAUAUUGGCGGAGAACAAAACCAAUUACCAGGGCUCGUACGAGGUGAUCGGACGGGGUCGAGGUGUGCUCGAGAUGAAUGUAUAUCUCAAAUUGUUCCACGAUUGUGAUGACGGUAUUAUUGUGAGUUUUGCACUGAAAUUCCUGAGAAUUAGUGAUUAUUUUGGUUGUAAAAUGGCAGAAAUUGGACUUAUGUUUAUUGAGCAUGGCGGGCCCUGGCGGUGUCAUAAUGAGAAAUUGAGUUGGUUGUUUUGAGAGAGGAAAAGGGAAGAAGAACGGGAAAGAAGAAAACAAUUGGUGGACGAAUUCCAAUAAAAUUGUCGCCGUUUUUCAGCCGUGUCAACGGACAGUCAGCCUUCGAAUCCCAUCGUCGUACAUCAGCCGCGGCACCAGUGUCAACAAUUAUUUUGAGGCCGGCACGAUGAACAUGGCGUUCCGGUACCCAGAUGAACAACGCUCGUGCACGGACCGGAUAUUCAGUUGA